GAUUGAUGAGAUUAUAUCGAUGAUCUAGCUAGUCCGGCCGUAUAUGAGAUGCUAACUAGUACAGUAUAGCAUAGUCUUCCAGUGUAUGUAUGUAUAUGUAUAUAGUAUAUACCUGCAGGAUAGCGAACAGCUAGAUCGAUCUACACCCCGCCCGGCCGGCCGGCCGUCCAGCUGCAGCUACCCAGGCGGAGCUAAUGGAAGACGACCACUCCAACCCGCCAUUGAUGGCCACGUACAAGCACCUCUUCGUCGACGCUCGCCUGGACGCUGCCGUCGACGGCAACGAGUGCGACCUCCCUGUCAUCGACCUCGCACUCCUGAACGGCGACGGCGAGUCGGCGGAGCGGUGCCGCGAAGGCAUCGUACGCGCGGCGUCGGAGUGGGGCUUCUUCCAGGUCACCAACCACGGCGUGCCGCAGCCGCUCCUCCGCGAGCUGCACGCCGCGCAGGUGGCCGUGUUCCGGCGACCGUUCCAACAGAAGGUGAACAAGAGGCUGCUCGACUUCUCGCCGGAGAGCUACCGCUGGGGCACGCCGACGGCCAGGUGCCUUGAGCAGUUGUCGUGGUCGGAGGCCUAUCACAUCCCCAUGACGCCGGCACCCAGCGGCAACGACAAGCUGCAGCACGGGAGCAGCAGCUGCAGGGCGGUGAUCGAGGACGUGUCGACGGCGAUGUACAAGCUGGCGCAGAAGCUAGCGACGAUCCUGGCGAGAGGCAUGGGACUGGGGGUGGGAGUGGGAGGCGAGACGAUGCGGGAGGAGACGUGCUUCCUGCGGCUGAACCGGUACCCGCCGUGCGCCAUGGACAGCGGCGCCGCCUUCGGUCUGUGCCCGCACACGGACAGCGACUUCCUGACGAUCCUGCACCAGCAGGACACCAUCGGCGGCCUCCAGCUGCUCAUGGGCGGGCGGUGGGUCGCCGUGAAGCCGGACCCCAGCGCCCUCAUCGUCAACGUCGGCGACCUCCUGCAGGCGUGGAGCAACGACCUGUACAGGAGCGUGGAGCACAGGGUGAUGGCCAACGCCAGGGUGGAGCGUUUCUCCAUGGCCUUCUUCCUCUGCCCCUCCUACGACACGGUGAUCGGCAGCCGCGGCGGUGGCGGUGGCCUCUACCGGAGCUUCACCUUCGGCGAGUACAGGAAGCAGAUCACGGAGGACGUGAGGAGCAAUGGCCGGAAGUUUGGCCUGCAGCGCUUUCGCCUUCACUCCUCCUGA